UCUAGCCAAGGAAGAGGCCUUUCCACGGUGGCUUUCUAAGUGCAUGUGUGUGAAGUUGAGGAAUUCAGAAGGGGUUAAGACGUGCCCCUGUCCCGGGAUCGCGUGCUUGGGGAGACACUUGUCGCCCCCAGUUGUGCGCUGCGCCGAGCCUGGGACUUGCGCGUUGGGAGGAGGCCUCCGACCGACCCGAGGCGCCCUGGACCGAGUUUAGUGGCGACCUGACAAGGUCGAGGUCGAAGCUGCGGGACAAUGGACAGCGAGGUGCAGAGAGACGGCCGAAUCCUGGAUCUGAUCGACGAUGCGUGGCGCGAAGACAAGCUGCCCUACGAGGAUGUGGCCAUCCCACUGAAUGAGCUUCCUGAGCCCGAGCAGGACAACGGCGGCACUACAGAAUCCGUCAAAGAGCAGGAAAUGAAGUGGACAGACUUGGCCUUGCAGUACCUCCAUGAGAACGUCCCUCCCAUCGGGAGCUGACGCUUGGCUCCUUCACAAGGACGGAUUUGUAGAAAGGGGGGAAAAAUGUAAAUACAAAAAUUUUUUUUUUGA